CUGACCUCGCCAAUCAAAACAGUAUCUAUUUCCAAAACCUGAAAUCAUGAAAACCCUGCGUCUGUCCUUCCUCUGCCCUUGACAAUCCCGCAUCGUCUAUAAAAAAGUGACUACAAUGGCAUCUAAUAACACGGUGUGCGAGGAAUUCGAAGCUUACAAGCGCAUGACCGACGAGAAUGCGGCACAGACAGUCCUUAUGCGGGCGGAAAUAGAGAAGCUCAAGGCUGAGAGGACCAUAAUGACCACGGAGGACUUUGCUCAACUGCUGCGCCUGGGGCUAUCCUGGCUCUGCGCACCGCGCUCCUCAGGCCCAGCUCACGACAAGCAGUCAUAGCUGCUCCUUCCCUCCUAUACUCGCGGACAAUUUUGUGGGAAAUAGCGCUGUGGUGGGCGCAUACUUGGACCCGGCGCUGCCCGGCAAGGACAUUGCUGGCGUAUUCCUGCAAGCUGGUUUAGUCCUGCUGGUUUAGUCCUGCCGGUGUUAUUUUUUUGUGGCGCCCGCGUGGCGCCCGCAACCGGCCGGUGAGGGUGAGGAAGUUCUGACCGUGCUGCGGGGGUCCUCCAGGGUCAGAGGAGGCCGUACCGGUACGGGAGGUACGGGUGAAUGGCGGCCCUUGGCGGCCGGGGGGAGCAGGAGGAGAGGCUAAGGAAGACGGGCCCACGACAGGAGCGUGCUACCUUGCGUGCGACAGUCGUCCCCGGUGUGGAACUGUAGGACAGAGCUGACAAAGUAAGCAUACGGGAAUUGGGUAGAAUGUAAUGGCCAAAUGAGAUGCACGAGUGGGUAUCGUAGCUAGCGUGCCAGCAGCGCCAGAGACAUGCAUGACUCUUGAGCACAUCUGAGCAGUUUGCUCUGCCGCUUAAGUUUGUACUGUAGUGUCUUUGUUUUUGGCUGCCUACACAUUUUGAGCUGCAUUGACUGCAGGAUGCAUAGAAGAGCCAUAGCCAGGUAGGGGGCAGGCUGCACAGGCUGCAGGUUCCAAACGGCAAGAGCACACGUAGCCAUGCUAUGAGCUACGGCUGAAGGCAGCUCCCGGAAUGGCCUGUGAAUGUUAUAUGCCAACCGUGCCUAUCUACUACCUAGGGAGGAGAGGAUUUGCCCGUUAUGUGUUGCAAAUGAAGUCGAAGAUGAGACCAUGGGACCAUGUGCUCAUGCGGUGUACGGUGUAAGACCAGUUGCGUUCGGGUAGCGAGAUCGGUUUUACAGGCGGGAUGCAGGCAGAAUACGGACCCAGCCAGGAUAGCCGCGUUACUAGAUUCCAUUUGGGAGCACAGGAGCAGAAGCACCCCUAUUUGGGGACCAAACUAGCUGCAUGAAAAAGUGUUGCAGGCGUUAUAAGGGCCCCCCGGCCCGGGCCUCGGUUUCUACAAGGACAGGAAUGCACGUUGUGCUCACCACCUUGUAACCACACACAACA